ACAUGAGACUUUCGGCAACCGCUGCUGCCUGGUAGGCGAAGUUCGCAAUGAAACAUGCUUUGUCCGGGUCUGCCAAGUUCGCAUCGUAGCUGUCGACGUUGAAGAUCACGGAGCCUGCGUUGCGACUCAUCACAUCUCCUUGUGCCUUCAGUUAUUUUCUCGUCGUGAACUUGUGUCUGUCUGAGCUUUCUUGGAUUCCGUGCGCGAUAAAUAUUCGUUAGUGCCCCGACUUCUUAUCUGUUACGUAAACAAGUGCCAGCGAGUGACGAUCUCGGCAGAUGUUAAGCGAAGCGUCAACUACAACGGAAAAGAAAGAAGCUGCAAGAGACGAAUAUGAUUCACGAAUCUGCAAAUAACUAUACAUCAGUGUGAGCCCAUAGUGAAAAAAAUUGCCUUCUAUCUCUAUAAUCUUCCACAAAAUUGCUGUAGGCUACAAAGCUUAAAAUCUGUUGUACCUAUACGUAUUCGGAACAAAGACGGAUAGCGUGAGUGGUGAAUAACUUCAGAACUGCUAUUUUAUUAGUUGUGACUUUCGUAAUGGUAAAACAGGAAGUGAUAUUCUGAAAAUGCGCCUUACAGGAAAUAUCUGUUUUAAAAUAACACUAUAAACGAAGUACAGUCUGAACAAGAGCGCAGUUUAUGGAGAUACUUGCUAGACCUUCGUUAUCAGUAUCUGAAAGAGCGAUCUAUUGGUAGAGGAAAUAAUUCGCUAGAAUAUUUAGUCAUGUCUCUACGUCUAGUCUGCAAGACUUCGCGGAAGAGUGGCUUGGCGACAGUGAAGUGGAUGAAUAUUCCUCUCAAUUUGCGAAACACACCUGAGAAUUUCAAAUAAAUGUAGUUGCUGUUUUGUGACCUAGUAGAAGACACAACUUCGCCUCCAAAGACAUUUCUGGGUAUUAUUUACCCACUGCGGUGUGUAGUACGUAACUCUUCCAUGUGCUUCAUUAAACGUCUUCGUAAGUAAUACUGCAGUGCAUCCCAAAGCCAUCGCAAUCGAAGACAUUUUUGACUGGCAGGUGAAUAUACGUAAUGAUGGCAGAAACACAGCACUUUUGCCUGCGUUGGAACAAUUAUCAGAGUAGCAUAACAUCGGCUUUUGAAAACCUUCGUGAUGACGAGGAUUUUGUCGAUGUGACACUAGCAUGUGAUGGAAAGAGUCUGAAGGCACACCGUGUUGUCCUCUCAGCAUGCAGCCCAUAUUUUAGAGAACUCCUUAAGAGUACUCCUUGCAAGCACCCAGUGAUAGUCCUCCAGGAUGUGGCAUUUGCGGAUCUCCAUGCCCUUGUUGAAUUUAUCUACCAUGGGGAAGUAAAUGUGCACCAGCGCAAUCUCAGCUCCUUUCUAAAAACUGCUGAAGUUUUAAGAGUUAGUGGACUUACGCAGCAAGCAGAUGAAAGAGAAGAGGUGCCAGUUCCACCACACAGCUCGUUCCCACGCAAUGCCCUGCACCACAGUCUCAUGGAUGACACUUUCUUCACCUCCCCACACUCGCCACCAGUACACUCGACUCCCACCGGUGUUCCAGUCAACCAGUUGCUGCGAAGAGCUGCCAUGGCAGGCGGAGGCAGUGCCAUCACAGGUUUUGGGAGGCGGGAGAGGCGGAUGUCUCCAGAUCAUCAGCACCACAAUUUACAGGAUCCAUCGUCCGAUCAGUCACAGAUUCCGAUAACAAACAAGCGGGCACGCACUUCUGAACCUACUACCGAAACAGCCCCAUGCCCCAGCCAACAGCAGCAACCAUCUCCAGCCGAUUUCUCGACUUCCAAUUUUCCUUCUGGCAAGCAGUCACACCAGGGAAACAUAAAGAUGGAGGCAGAGGGUAAUGGUGGUGGCGAGCGCGAAACUUCGCCCUCACCAAAUGGCAGGAAUGUGAUGGACGGCGUCAAGUCGGAGCCUGCCGAACACUGUGGCACAGGAGGAGAUGUGGAGAACAGCACUGACUCUGUAGAACAGGCUGAUGAGACCCGCCAGCAGCAAACAAAAGGCGAACAAGAUGACCAUGACAGUGUUCAAGGACAGCCACCUUCCUAUCUCUCUGCUGCUGAAAGCAAACUGUUUGGUUCCAUUACCUCUGCUGGUAGCUUCAACUUCAGCAUGGCAGCACUUGCAGCAGAUCCAAUUACAGGCAUCGGCGGCCAGCCAUUACAAGGAAAUACAGAAACUCCUCCAGGCACUUCUUCACAAGCUGUGCUGCCUGUUGGUUUCGAGGCACUUCAGGAAAUGGAUGGAGUGCUUUUGCACGAAUGCAAUACUGCAAAGCUAUCUUUAGAGGCAAGAAGUGCCCAGUCGAGCACCUCAGAUUUUAGUCAUUGUGGUGUUCGAUAUCACUGCAGCCAGUGUGAAAAAUCAUUUACUCGUAGUUGGUCCUUGCAGAGACACAUUGAUGAUGUUCAUAGUCAAUGCCACACUAGAACAUUUGUGUGUAAUAUUUGCAGUCGACAGUAUAGCACUAGAAGUAGCCUAAUAUCUCAUCGAUCUCAAGCUCACAAGACAAGUGUGACUCAGAAUAGUGUAAAUAUGACAUCCAUUCUACGGACAGUUAUGUAGAUAUUACUAAUAGUGCAAAAUUUGUCAUAACAGUAUAACUUUGUUGACAUAUUUUUAUUUGUAGAAUUAAAUACAGUAAAUACUUGUCUUGGUAGUUAUUAUUUUUAACAUAGAGAUUUAGUAACUGCUCAUAUAUCACCAUGUUGAAGUGACAUGGAUCUGCUUGAGAAAUUGGAUUUAAAACUUAGUUUUGUUAAUUUAGAAAUUUUUUAAAAAUAAAGUUGAUAUUCAUUUUCAGAUCAUGUAGCGUAACCAGGCAAUUUGCAUUUAACUGUCUCUUAAACAGCACUUUUCCCAAGUCUUUGUUUCCUGCAUACUAGUCAUUGUUUUCCAUUUUUGUUUCCAGAAAAGCAAAACAGUGGAUAUUUUAGUAACACAUUUUAAAUUCAGGGUUUUCUUGUAUAGUUUUACCAAUGAACUGCAAGCGAUAGUUAUAAAUUAUUGAUAGUCACAGCUUUGUACGAGGUCUGUUCAGAAAAUUCCAGAACUUCGUCCACAAAGUUUUUCUGCGCUUACUUUUUACUUAUUGUGCCUGGUCUCCUUUGAAAACUGUCAUCUGCAAUCGAUACACCGUUUCCAAUGCCGUUUCCACUUCCGGAAGCAGUCUCGGUAUGCCUCUUGCUGGAUCACGCAAAGUGCUGUCUGCGAGUUUACUUUUAUCUUGUCUAUCGUUGCAAAUCUUUGUCCUUUCAAUGGGUUUUUCAACUUUCGAAAUUAAAAGUAGUCCACAGGGGCCAGGUGUGGAGAAUACAUAGGACGAGACAGCACAGUAAUUUCAUUGUUUAUGUAAUAGUCACGCACAAACAGGAAUAAAUAUGUGGGUGUGGGUGUGAUGCAAGAGCCAUGAAUUGUCUUGCCACAUUUUAGGACAUUUCCUUCUCGCAGGGUUUCAUGACAUGACACAACUGAAAUGCCACAUUCUUCGGCACUCAUAGGCAGUGAGUCUUUGAUUGGCAUGCACAAUUUCUUUGCUUUCCUGACAUGAGCAACAUUGGUAGAUGUUGAAGAAUGUCCUGAACGAGGGUCAUCUUUAACUUCUGUCCAGUCAUUUUUAAACUGUGUGAACCAUUCGUAACACUGAGCACUCAUCACCAUAGGCUUCCUGCAUCAUUUAGUGUGUCUCUGUAAUGGCUUUCUUGAGUUUCAUACAAAAUGUAAUGAAGACACAUACUUCCUCUAACUUUGCCAUCUCAAAAUUCACAAACUGUGUGACACAAUGUUCUGCUCAAUACGGCACUGAAGAAUAAUUAACAGAUGUACAACAAUGAAACUUCUAGCAGUUAUGGAUCAAACACAGGCAUAUGCAGGGAUGCCAACCGCAUUUGACUCCAACACACCACUGGCGUGAAAUCACAAAUGUUCCAAAUUUUUCUAACAGACCUUGUGUACUGCCUAUUUUUCUCACCUUUGUAAGUUACAUUACAGACCGUGAAUGAGUAAUAACUACAUGUAAAACACGAAGAUAUGAUAGUAGAAUAUUGAUAUAAUGAGUUACAUUAUUAUUCUCUUAAAAGGCCACAUGAUAAUACUGUCGGUUGAAACUGUAUUAACUGUUAAAAGGUGGCAAUCUAUUCAUAUGUUUGCAAUCUAUUCAUAUGUUUGCUCCUGCUGCUCCUCUUCCUCUAGUUCAUUCACAAAAUAAUGGCCGCAAACCACUGGCAGCAAGCAAAUGUUUACCAGUUGUACCACCAUCAGCUACUGUUGAAAACCUUUAUUACUGCUACCAAUUUCAACUAUCAUAAAUCUUCACCAGGCACCUGGGAUAUAUAAACUCUCAUAACUUUUUAAAAAUAGGACAGACAAAAGCUUUCCAAUCUUAUAACAUCAAAUAAUUUAAAGUAAGUUUUUCUGUCACUGUAUUUCUUUGGACACAUAACGUGACAUUCAGCUACGUUGUAUAUAAUGUCAAAAAUGCCACCAGAUCAUUAGAUUCUGAGAAAUAAAAUCCAAACAUUGUUCUGAACAACCAGUGCUGUCAAUAAUAAAACACUAUGGUGCACCCAACUUCUGAAUACAUAUAAGUGUUAGAACAAAUCACUAUUAAGCAACUGAACUAUCAUUAACAGCACGGGAACAGCUGUACUCGCUCAUAACAAGAAGUCGAAGAACUUACCUGUUAAUACCUAUAUUAAUUAAAGAAAGAACUUUCCAAACAACAUGUUACACUAGCAUACUUUCUUGUGUCUUUAAGUUGCAAAAUGUAACGUGCAUGAAUUAUAAAGAUCAUUAUUUAAACUGCCAUGAAUGAAAUGUAAUACUUGACUUAUAUUUAAUAGCUGAGUAUGUUAUUAAUGACAUUGGCUCUUUGGAGUAAUAUACAGAUUUUAUGUGUCACAUUCUUAAUUUCUUAAUUUUAUCCAUGUCAGGUAGAUGUUGUUAACAAGUGACUGUUGCAGUAUAUAUUAUUUCAUAAAAAUUACUAAGUGAAUGUUGUUGCAUGUCAUGAUGUAUCCACAAAAAUAUUGUAAGUGGAAAACUACCUAUAAGUACUUAACUUGAGAAUAUAAGA